AUGCCUUUAACUCUAUGUUUUCCCUCGGAUACCUUCACCACGUUAGAUUCGAGGUACAGUCGAAUUAUGUCGGCCAUAGAUAUGGAACGAUGUGAAUCGCAACGUGACGGCAUACUGUAUUGUCCGCAACAGGAACCACCCGGCGUCGCAUACUAUGUACGGAAUGUUUAUCCGCCGAUACAGGAACUCCAACCGAAGGUCCUGUUGGUCGUCGUCGUGUUCGUCCUAUGCUUUGUCGUUGGUGUAUGUGGGAAUUCCUCGAUCCUGACGCUUAUUCGUGGAGUGAUGGCGGAUCGAAGGGUGCGCACACGUCGACAGGGAGAUAAUGCUAUUCUCUAUAUUGCUGCACUAUGUGUCUGUGAUUUUUUGAUGAGCCUCAGUCUUCCACCAGCUAUUCUGGACAGUGUGAUCGGUUUCUGGAUUUUUGGCACAUGGAUGUGUAAACUCCAUCAUGUAUGCGGAUCCGUCGGCCGGAUAGUGUCCACAUUUUUGAUCACCGCUAUGAGUUUCGAUCGAUACGUGGCCGUAUGUCGUCCGCAUCACACGUAUCUACGAAGCAGAUCAUUUGUUCUCGGAGUCAUAUGUUGCUUAUCCGUGCUUGCCUUCUUCCUGUUACUUCCAAUGCUUACGUAUGCUAGAGCAAAAGAAAUGGUCCUACAUGAGCUGAAAGCUAUGGAUAGCUAUAAUAUCACAAGGGUUCGUGUCUUCAAGUGUUCGGAUAUGAUGCCGCCUGCUAUUUUUUACUGGUUCACCUCAACGACGUUCAUUCUUGGUUACGUUGUGCCUCUGAUUCUUAUUAUAUAUUUCAAUUGGAAGCUUAUUCGAAAGCUAUACGUUCACAAGAGGAUCCUUCCACGUUCGGCAAUUCCGUUACGGAGAGUCGUUAUGUACACGGUGUUGAUAGCCGCUGUUUAUUUUGUUUGCUGGACUCCGUAUUGGUUUUCUGUCCUUUACGCAAUUAUAAUGUCGCUUGCUGGUCUACCAACAACCACUAGUGAACUGCUUCUAUUCGUGAUCUAUUGUGUUCAUUUACUUCCAUAUUUCGGAAGUUCAUCAAAUUGGAUCCUCUAUGGACUUCUUAAUACUCAAUUACAGAUGAAAGGUGAAAAUUCGUCGAAUGAUGACCACAUGAGCAUUAUCACAAUGGUGAACACAAAUAAUCACAAUUCGGAAUUGAGGCCACCAAGACCAACAAAUCGGAACGUGGCUGAUUUCCCGAAAUCAUACGUGGACGAUUCAACACAAAGUAUAGUACGAUAUACGAAUCUGAAUGGAAAUCCACCUUUGCUACAAAGUCAAUCGGAAACGAGUAUGCGAUUCUACCAGGAAACAGAACAAACACUUUUAUAG